UUGAUGCGGAAGGGAAAGAGGAAGGUGAUUGAAAAAAAUGGUAAAGCAUAUCUAAUUUUUAGAGCUUUUUAUUAAAAAUCUGCGUAUUUUUUUUCAAUUUUAUAUUGCGAAAUAUUACAGUUUAGAUGUUUAUCCUGCUGUAUAUAAUGCCGGCGGCCACAUUAAUCCGAGUUUUAAAACACCGUUGCUGAUACAGACGAGAAUGAAGUAUUAAUAUCGCAGCGUUAUCCAAGAACAAUUUUAAUUUAAAAACUACUCUACGGAAGAUUUCGAUACCCAGAAAGUUGCGCUGGAAUGUUUUGAAAUGAUAUCCGUUUAUUUGCCUCAAUUACGUCGCUACUCAUCGAUAAAAAUCAUUAAACAAAGGCAGAUCGUUAUUUGACGAUUCGAUUUCUUCAAAUGGUAUAAUUUUGAAGAUAAAAUUGAUAAAAAGAGUCAUCAAUUCGGUUUCCGGAUUGCGUUAACGAAAUGAAUUCCAGUUUUACCGAAGACGAGUCGAUCGAUAGUGCGGGAGAGGAAUAUGAUACGGAACAGCUCAAACUGCAAGAUAUCGCUGCUAUCGUGUUUGGCGACGUGAAACAAGUUUGCAUCAACGGAUCCGUGGGCAUAGAUCCUUAUUCGAUUAAUAAUGUAGAUGCUUCCGAAAACGCUCAAGAAGUGGUCAACGGGAACGACGUAGAAGUAGAAACACCUUCUCCUGAUGUAGAAAAUCGAAACGAAUCAGAUGAGAUUGAUGCUCCGUUGAAUCCAGUCAACGAAGAACCUGCUUUUAAACCUAUCGAAUCUGAUGAGAUUAAUCCUUCGUUAAAUUCCGUCAACGAAGAACCUGCUUUUAAACCUAUCGAAUCUGAUGAGAUUAAUCCUUCGUUGAGUUCCGCCAACGAAGAACCUGAUUUUAAGCCUAUUGAAUCUGAUGAAAUUAAUCCUUCGUUGAAUUCCGUAAACGAAGAACCUGCUUUUAAACCCACUGAAUCCGAUGAGAUUAAUCCUCCGUUGAAUACCUUUAACGAAGAACAUACUUUUGAACCCAUCGAUCAAUGUUCGUCUCCGAACACCUCUCCUGGCAGGUUGACUCCUUCCAAUAUAAACUAUACGCUUAGAUCUUCCAGUCUGUCUCCCAUUGCACGAGAAAUAACUCCAGAAAAUACCGAACGAGAUGAAUCAACGGGCGAAUCCGCAAAUCACCACAGUGCUGGUUCAAACAACGCGCUCAAAGUAUUGGACGAAGUAAAAGAUUCUCCUCGUUCGUGCGAAUCUCCUUCCCUGCAUCGUACUCAGAACUCAGCAUCGCCUUGUGUGGGCCAACCUAACGAACAAAAUGAAUCAUUCGACGUCGAUAAUCAUAAUCCAUUCUGUGAUAAAGAAAAUUUAGAUAAAUUAUCUCAAUGUGAUAGACUGAACGACGGAGAAUGUACGCCUCGUGAUGGCAGUAAAACUCCUAUAUUGUUUUCGCCCAGUAGUCAAGAUUUUGGAGCCGAAGGUAGAGAUUGUACUUUGGAAAACGGCCCAGAUGAGGGCGAGAACGAGACUUGCGAAGAGAAAAAGCAAAACGAAGGGUUCGAAAGCGCCAACGAGUUGUGGAAAGAAGAGGAAGAUCUGAGUAGUUUGAUACCUAAUAUCGAUAUACCUUUACCUCCGUCCGAAAAUCGUGUCAGCGAAAAAGAAGAUAAACGUUGGAAAGUUAACAGAUGGGCGACGUCCAAAUUCGAUCGAGAUCACGACCGUGGUCGCGAUCGUAGAUACGAACGCGGCCGAGACCGAUACCGCGACCGGAGUCGUUCCAAGACCAGAAGAGAUCGAGACCGACGAGAUCACCGAGAUUCUUCACGAGAUGGCAGAUCUUCCAAAAGAUCACAUCAUCGAGAUUCCAGCGACGAAAACCGUAGUAAAGAUUCGCGUUCCAGGAAAUCAGAUUCUGAUCGCUCGUCCCGAAGAAGACGCAGUUCCAGGCAUAGGUCAUCUAGUAAUAGAUCGCCGGAUGAUCACAAACGCGACGAUCGUAGAAGAUCUGGAUCUAAACGUUCGUCGAGAAGAGAACGAUCACGUGAUCGAAGCUCGACGUACGAUCGGCAUAACAGCAGCAGGUACUCCAGAGACAGCCGAGACAGGCGUGAUAGAAGUGAUCAGCAUUCGUCUUCGGAUAGAAGAGAUGAAAGUUAUUCUAAAAAACACGACGAUAGUAGAUCGAGAAGAGAUGAUAAGAAAUCGCGUAAACAUAGUUGCAGCUCGGAUCGAUCCAGUGAUGGUAGUCGUACUCGUAGAACCAACGAUUCGAGCAGAAGCGCCAAAGAUCACGAUCGCAGAUCAAAAGAUACCGAUCGUAAGUCAAAAGAUUUCGAUCGUCGACCUCGAGAUUUUGACCGGCGAUCGAAAGAUUAUGAUCGACGAUCGAAGGAUUUCGAUCGACGAAACAACGAUUCUGAUCGUAAAUCACACGAUUUCGAUCGAAGAGCCGGCGAUUCAGAUCGCAGAUCUCAGGAUUUCGAUCGACGAUUCAACGAUUCAAAUCGAAAGUCUUACGAACCGGAACAACAAUGGAAAGACGACCGUUUCGAGUUGGAUAAAAAUGUCGAAAUGCCGGAUCCGUUCCAAGAGGAAAAUUGGGAUGAAGAAGCAAUGGGCGAAAAUUACUCGUAUAAACGGCCCCCUGAGCCUAAAUCACCUCCACCGCCUGAACCAGAUUACCCUCCACCUGAACCUAACUAUCGACCACCUGAACCGGACUACCCUCCUGAGCCGGACUACUCUCCCCGUGAUCGUCCUCCUUCGCCUCCUGAGGAACCAGUCACUACUCCGCCUCGUUUCGAAGCGAUUUUGGAAAAUGAAUAUCGUACUGAUAGGAGUGUGAGCAAAGAUGCCGAAAGAAUGAUUUGCGAUUGUGUUUUAACCAAAGAGGAAAUCGCUCGAGGUGAAAAAGGUUGCGGAGAAGAUUGUCUUAAUCGAUUAUUACUCAUUGAAUGUUGCUCUAGAUGUAUGUUGGGCGACCGUUGUUCGAAUAAAAGAUUCCAAAGACGAGAAUACCCGAAUUGCGAGAUCUUCAAAACCAAAAAGAAAGGUCACGGAUUACGGACUCUACAAGAUAUCCCAUAUGGCGCGUUUAUAAUGGAGUACGUCGGAGAAGUUCUAGAUUCUUACGAAUUUGAGAAAAGAGCCGUCGAUUAUUCUCGAGGAAAGAGUCCUCAUUUCUACUUCAUGUCUUUGAAAUCAGACAGCAUCAUCGACGCGACCGUUAAAGGAAACAUAUCACGUUUUAUUAAUCACAGUUGCGAACCAAACACCGAAACUCAAAAGUGGACCGUUCAAGGCGAAGUGAGGAUCGGAUUUUUCAGCUUGAGAGAUAUCAAAGCAGGCGAAGAAAUCACCUUCGAUUAUCAACUUCAAAGAUACGGAAAACAAGCCCAAAGAUGCUACUGCGAUACUCCCUCUUGCAACGGUUGGAUCGGCGAUGAUCCGGAUAAAUUCGCUAAGAACGAUAGGCACUUCAAAGAUUGGGAGACAGCUCUGGAUGAAAUUUCACAAGUAGGCCUAAUGAAUCGUCACCAAACGUUGAACCUGAAUCGUUUAAUGGUGCACGCGAAAGAGUUACCAGUUCGGAUGCAAAUAUUGCAACUGAUCCAAGAAGGUAAUCCACCCUGUCGUCGAUUGUUCGUCGAUUAUCACGGAUUACCCAUUAUUUGGAGCUGGAUGGUUGAUUGUACGCCGGAACAAGACGACCUUAAGAUACAGAUCUUGAAAACAUUGGCGUCUUUGCCUAUUACCAAUAAAACUAUUUUAGCUGAUUCGAAAGUUUUAUCCGUUGUCGAACAAUGGGCUUUCAUGUUCGAACAAAAAGUACACAGUAGCGAAGCAUUAUCUGCUCAGUCAGUCUUGGAAUCUGUCGAAGAUAUCGCGUCUGCCGAUGAAACUCCUGUAUCCGAAUUAGCGCAGAAAUUAAUGAACGAAUGGUCUUCUUUAAGAGAAGCAUACCGGAUACCGAGAAAAGAACGUAUACAGCAGAUGAAGAAACACGAACAGGAAGCUGAUCAAACUGUUCCCAAACAUCGGCCUAAACGACUCCCUGUUUAUGCAGAGCAAAUGAGAGACAGGUAUCGCCGAAACAGGAAUUCUCGUAAUAAAGACUUUGAGAAAAUCUAUUUCGAUCGAAUGAAAGAUUACGACGGUGCCCCACCUGAUCAAAGAAAACGUCGAGAAUCUCCCGGAAGGAAUUUCGAAAACCGUAAACAUCGACGAGGAGAUAAUAAUAAAGACAGUGCAAACAAUAGCAAAGUAUCCAAACAAGAGCAUCGAUUCAUGUUCGAAAUGAAAGUGAAACAACAAGAAGAAGAACAACAGAACUGGUACAAACUGUACUACAGUCAGCAAGCCAUGAUGUUACCUCCUCCAUUUAUGCCACAUCUUCCACCGCCUCAAUCGUACCCACCAGCUACACCCGUAGUAGAUCCAAAACAGCACCCGCAGCUGCAGCAGCAACAGCAACAACAGCAGCAAAUGCCAUCAUCGACUCGAACUCAUCCUUAUUACCCGAUAGCUCCUCCGGUGACUUAUCCUUCCGUACCGGCUACCCAUAUACAGUUACCAUCGUCGACACCGACUCCUACUUCAGCGUUACCGCCAUCUACGCAGUAUUAUCGCGCCCCUAUGGCUACGGCCUCGUAUCCGCCACCUACGGUAGUACCUUAUCCGCGAUCCGUAGCAGUUGAUCCGCAGCUGCAGUCACAGCCUCAAGCAGCGUCGGCUCACGUCAAGCCCGAAGAACAUUACACCUUCGAUUAUCAAGCCAUUAGAAAUCAUUUACCUCAGAUCGCGCCGCUUGACGAGGCGACUCUUCGCGAAACACUCAGAACAGCCGGCGUACCGGUGCCGGUUCCGUUUGUCGUCGAUCGCAGAGAUUCGUCGAAUUCCGCACCGUCCACCGCUGUUCAACCUGCCACCAAUAUCGAUGCGGAGAAACAAGUCCAACUUCCACGUAAUUGGAGAACAGCUCGAGAUGACGAUGGCAGAGUUUAUUAUUAUCACACCAAGACCAGAGUAUCGCAAUGGUAUCCUCCCGCCAGCGAGUCGAAUGGUAGCGAUGAAGAUACCAGUGAUGGCCGAAGUAGCGGCGAAGAUGACGAUGACGUGGAGUUCAAGAAAAAACGCAGAAAGUCCAGUCGGUCCGAUGAAAAAGAAACUGAUCAGAGUCGAAUCGAUGCUGAAAUUAAAGAAAAUCUAGCAGCUAUGUCGUCCGAAUUCCAAGAUUCCGAUUACGACGAUUACAGUCCUGCGGUAAAGAGUAACGAAGAACAAGAAGAAUUCGAUAAAGAAAAAUCUGCCCGAAGUGAUAACACUGCUCAGCCGCAAAAGGUGCCCUUAAUUACCGAACAUAUCAUAAGCCCUCGUGAGCCGAUCAGUAAAGAAGAACGUAUCAGAAACAAGAAACGAAUACGUAGUCAGAAAGAGAAAAUGCAAAGACAUAAAAAAACCAAAUUGACGAACGGUAGCGCGACCAGCUCGAAGAGUAGCUCAAACGGUCACGUCAGCAACAACAGCACCAAAUUGGUCAGCGCUCCUGCUGACACUUCUAGUAUUACCGAUCGUAAGAAGAGAGACACAUUUAUUCACCAGUUGUCUAAUUUCGUCGUCAGCUGCUUGAAUCCUUAUUUUCGAAGUACAUGUACUCGAGCUAGAAUCACGAAUGAUAAAGAUUUCAAACAUCUGGCCCGAAAACUCACUCAUUACGUAAUGCUAAAAGAGUCGAAACACUGCCAGAGCGUUGCUGACUUGACUUGUAAUUCCAGCGUUAAACAUAAGGCCAAAGAAUACAUACGAAAAUAUAUGUCGAAAUUUGGCGAAAUCUACGUAAGGCCGCCGGACGACGCCAAUUACUAAGGAGAAAACCAGAUAUUUCAAAAAUUUUACGAACUAAAUGAUUUUUAACUGAUCUCAAAAAAAAAAAAAAACAUUUUCGAGUGAAAUUUAGGCACAGGGUUUGAGAGUGUUUUAUUUCCAGGACGUGUACUCUUUGGUAAGGUUGAUUUUAAGAACGUACCAGAUUUUAUUUAAGCGUGUAUUUAUUUUCGUAACCGCUGUUUUGAUUAAUUUUGAUAACGAAACAGAAAAAUUUGUCCAAUUUUGUAGAUACGUACGUAUUUAAAAAGAGAUGUCCGAAAGCGUGUUUUUAAAUAUUUGUGUUUAGAUAAUUCUUAUUUUUUUUUUGUUUGUUAUGUUACAUCGAGAAAAAACAUAUAUUUUUUUGUUGACGUUGAAGUAUCGAUUAUUUUCGUUUUCUUAUUCGUGUUCGAAGUUGAUUAUUUUUGUUUUUCUAACGUAGAGAACGAAGAAAAUAAUAGAUACAGAGUUGUUUUUCUUUUUCAUUUAUUAUUUGUUAUAUUUUAGUAUAUAUAUUUUACUAUUUUAUUGCAUUUCCCUCUCUCUCCUUUGUGAAGCUUUUGAUUUGUACAAUUGAGUUUUGUUUUUCUUCUUUUUCUGAUAUAUUUUCAUUUUUAAUUGUAUUUUACUAACGAGUAUACCUAUUCUAUACUCGGAACUACGUAUUUUGAUGUAUUCAUUUUGUACGUGUAAAAUGUAAUUUCGAUUUAUACUGUGUUCAACGAUACGAUUCGUAUAAACUUGUUUCCAAAACAUA